GGGAAAAGUUAGUUCUGUUCUUUUUGUUGGUGUGACUGAAUCAAGUAUUUCCACUUCUGUGCACUAAUGAGCACUACUAGAAAAUACAUUUGUAGCGUGAUGAUUUGAUUGCAUGCAGAGUUGGUACUACUUUGUGCCUUUUUCCCGUUUGAAAUCAGGCGUGAUAUAUGAGUAAGUGAUUAAAACAUUUUUCCAUGCCCACUCUAAAGAAAACCCAAGCCGAACGAGUAAAUGUUAACGAUGCAAGAUUUAGAAACACGAUGGCCAAAUAUUGAGCAAUGCAUUUAUUGAGUUUAGCAAGUGGGAGAUAAAGACUUCAUUUUGUUCCUCAGCUCACAUUGAUGCCUAAGACCCAGCUGAUUUAUCUUCAUCUCUGCAGAGUUAUUGUACCAUGGCCGUCCGAUGGAAGGGUCAAUGGAUGCGCAGAGCCCCCUCCACGAAAAUGCAAGAACCUCCAAAGAGCAUUGAAGAAUUCUUAAAGUAUCAAAAUUGGGAUCAUUGGCCAAGGGAAAUCAGAUUUGAAGAUAAUGAUAAAUGGGCAAACACUUUAAAAAAAGUCAGAGAAGAUAGUUCAUUUAUUUCAAUUUAUACUCACCUAUGGAAAAAUGUCCCUCGUCUUUAUGAAAGACUUCUGCUCAUGGAGUCAAGAUUAAAAGAAUGUUCACUUCUUUUGCAAAACCACGCCUCCAAAAUAUUUGAGGGAAUCAGCGUGAUAUAUGGGACAAGUUCUUAUGGAAAAAUGGAAAAAUAUGAAGCAUUUCCAAAGAAGUACCAUUACCAUAAGAAGAGGAAAAUAAUGCUUUCAGAAGACAUGAAGACAGAAAAGAAUAUAGAGGGUUAUACCUUCUCAGGAUUCAAAACAAAUGAGCUUACUCAACUACCCAGACACUUGGAUGCUGAACGAAUUUUUCUUUUUAUUUUAAAAAACCAUAACUUUGAUGAAAGAGUUUUUAAAAUCUGGAAGACUCAUUUUCUCUCAGAAGCUUCUAUUGCUCUUCUGCAAGACUCAUUUUGGUGGUGGUUUCUCCAUAAAUUUAAGCCUGAUAGAGAAAAUCAAGAUCGUUUAUUUGACAGAAUUUCAGAAAGCUAUGUGGCACUUUUCAUGAGCAUACCUCUAAGUCGAAAGGAUGCAUUCUUUCAGGUGUAUCCUGAUUGUUUGGCACAAGCUAUCUAUGCAACAUUCCAGGAAGCAUUUCCAGAAUCUAGUAUCCUCUUUAACGAUGAAUUUAAAGAAGAUCUAGGAAACAACAUUUUCCUUUGGUUGUCAGGUUUAAAACCUCAAAAAGGUUUUUGGACCCAUUGGAAACUAAAAGAACUCUUCACAACAUCUAUACAUGGUAGCAAGAAAGCACCUUCAAAAUCAGUAAAGGAAAGGAUUGCAAGCAGCCAAGAACGCAUAAUGACAAGUAUAGACUUCGACAUUAUAAAGAUUUUAAAGGACCCAAGACCAUAUACAAUGUCCAUUUCCAAGGAAGAAUCGAGAUUAUCAUCAAAGUCCCAUUAUAUUAGCUCUGGUCCAGAGUUUAAUCGUUUUCUCUUCAAUUUUGGAAGUCAGAGUCCACUGAUUUUAUAUUAUCUUAAGAUGCAUGAGGUAGCUGGCAUUUCCAAAGCCCCUAACCGAAGCAAGAUUAAACUCACAGCAAAAUUCCAAGAACCACCACCUGCUCCAACAUACCGUGAUAUCAUAAAGGAGGCAAAAAAACAAUUUGCAAAGAAUCAAAAGGAGUUUAGAAUGGAAAAGCACAGAAUCAAUGAAGAAAUAAGACUCCUAAGACAGCAGCAGGAAAUAAUUGACAGGGAACUUGAUAGACUCCAAAUAAAGGCUACCAAGAAACCUUAUGAAGUUGAGAAAGAAUUUGAGAAGUUCCUAAAUAGAAUGCGUGUUGAAGCUAAAAUUGAGAAAGAAUUUCUUACCACACUGUCAUCGUCAUCAUCAUCAACAGAAGACUACAGCUUUGAGAGGGAAGAACAAGAAGAGAAACUAGAAAUGAGCUGUACUCAAGAAUAAUGCAUGCAAUUCAAUUUUAUCAGUUUAAUUGUAGCAGUCUAAUCCAUGAAAUAUUAAGAGUGUUUUUUACUAUUCAUCUUUAAAAU